AUGCCUAUGGACUGGACUGAUCCGCAGGCUGAUGCCAAACUUCUGGUCGGCAUCAUUACUCUCCAUAAUGUGAAGCUCGACCACAAAGCCUUAGCUGAAUUCAUGGGUCAUGGCUGCACAGCCAGUGCCAUUCAGCACAGAGUCCAGCGUAUUAAGGAAAAACUCCGUAAUGAAUCCCCUGUGGAAGGUACUGCCGCCGGUGCUUCUCCCGGCUCUGCUCCUCAGCAGGAAGAAGGCAGUGCUCCCGAUUCGUCUCCCACAAAGCCCAAGAGAGGAAGACCGGCGAAGCGAGGCGCAAAGGGGUCCCCUUCUAAGAAGCAGAAAGCUAGCAUUGAGAAUGAUUCUACUUAG